AUGCCGUCCCGCGUGGAGGAUUACGAGGUGCUAUUCACCAUCGGCUCGGGAUCCUAUGGGAAAUGCCAGAAGAUCCGCCGGAGGUCGGACGGGAAGGUGAGCGGGGCUUGAUUACCGCUGGCGAUGUCUGCUGACAGUACAUAUCGCCAGACGGCGGCGCUGAGAGUGCGGCUAACCCCAGGGCAAGGCUGCUCAGAAGGUAAAUGGCUAGAACUACAACUACCGUGAUGCUUUGCCAGGUGUAAGGUUGUGAUAGCAUCAUGGGAGAUGUAGUUCUGUGCCAGCUUUGCCUCUGCUUCCUGGACACUGUAAACAGCAGGGGGACAAAGGUAGACUCAAUGCUGUGGCAGUGGUACGUGUCCCUUAAUGCUUUGUGAGCAGCUAGAGCAUCAUGGGAGUUGUAGUCCUACAACACGGUGGGUAUUCCUUUUACCAUGUCACCUUGGCUAAAGCUUAUAGCCAGUACAUUAUGUGGGGAUCUGAGACCUUCAGGUUAUUACCCCAUAGGAAAUAAAGAAGUGUACACUGUGUUUUAUAUCUGAGACAUUCAGGCCAUUAUCUCUCUGUGAAAUAAAGUGUACACCAAGCAUGUCAAACUCAAAGGGCCAAAUAAACAAGGUUUACUUUUAUGGAAUGUAGGUUUAUUUAGAAAAGUACAGUAUAAAAAAAAACAAGUUGCCAAAAAAUAGCUCAUUUAUUUUAAGGAGACGUGCAUUUGCAUAUAACCAAUGUUUCAGUUCAAAUACCUCAACAUAUUAAGAAAAGUUUGGUAAUGGGUCUGAAAUGGUGAAUGUAUGCUGUUGCGCAGCUGUAAAAAAAAAAAAAAAAUGACAUUAUCUUGUUGAUUUUUGAAGUCCUCAGAGUGUGUUCUUCACUUUGGUUGAGGUCAUUGGGAGGCUGUUGGCUAAUCUGCAUCUCCAUGGGGAGCGUUCAGCGCCUCCAUACAGAUCUAAUACACUGCUUUCUCCCACCCCUCCAUUCUAAUACAUUGCCCCCAAAUCCAGUAUAUUGCCUUCUGUGAAAUAAAGUGAACACCCUGUUAAUAUAUAGCUGAGGCCAUCAUGAUAUUACCCCCUGUAAAAUAAAGUGUACACUAUGUGGGUAUCUGAGGUCUUCAAUUUAUUAAUCCCUAUAAAUAAAGUGUACAUUAAGUGGGUAUUUGAGGCCUUCAGGCUAUUUCCCCAGGGAAAUAAAGUAUACACCUUCUAGGUGUCUGAGGCAUGCUGGUUCUUAUUAACACCAAAAUGAAAUAACAAGCACUCUGAGAAAACCUGUACAAUGUUUGGGUAUUAACUAGCUUGAUAUUGUCCCUGUGAAGAAAGGCACUGGAAUCCAUUGAAUAUGUCAUUCACAUAAUGCAACAUUUGCCAGCAUUUAGCAUAGCAAGUUGACUGUUGUGCCCUGAUUCACAUCAUGCUCGGCCACCUUUUUAACACCAAGGGUUUUAUCUGCCAAACAUGAUAGUUGUAGAAAAGUGACAUAAGAAUAUAAGAACUGCAAAUGUUAGGUCCAAAUAAGUUUGCAUGUUCCUGCAAUUCCCUUGCUAAUAUUCCUCUAUUCCCAAUGCUAAAUAGACCAGCAUCUCCUCCCUAGAUUACAACAGCUAAUGGCUGGCAGCGUACCAUGAAGAAAAAUACUGUACUCCUAACUCUUCCCAUUUAGAUCUUAACUCAUGUCUUUGUUUUUGCGUUUCUCAACUUGUCUUUGUGAUUUUGACAAGGUAAAACCUCAUAGCAGAUUCUGUAUGAAAUGCAGUACAUGCUUUCUUUUCUUAAAUUCUGUUAUACAUAAUCCUAAGGCUUUGUCUUGUGCAAUAAUUUAUGCCCUCUGAAGCCAGUAGUCAAGGCAGAUCUUUCACAAUUCUAUUAUAAUGGGAUACUGAAAAAUGGAGAUUGCUAGUGCCUUGUGGAUGUGACUGCCACCACUGAUUUAGACUAGUUUCUUUGCAUGUGUUACUGGGUCAAAGAAGGAAGCUAAGAAUGACAUCUUCAAUUUUUAGGUCCGUUGAAGUGUCUAAAAUGGGCAAUGAAAUCUGGAUUUCCUCAUUUUUAUUUAUCCUCUUUCAGGUGCUGGUAUGGAAGGAGCUGGACUAUGGAACCAUGACAGAGGCUGAAAAGCAAAUGCUUGUCUCUGAAGUAAACCUUUUGAGGGAACUGAAGCACCCCAAUAUUGUCCGCUACUAUGACCGCAUAAUUGAUCGAACAAACACUACUCUUUAUAUUGUGAUGGAGUAUUGUGAGGGUGGGGACCUGGCUACCAUUAUUGCAAAAUGUACAAAGGAUAGGUAUGCAGCAAAUGAGCAGUACUUUUGUCUAUAACGCUUGAUGUUUUUGCUUUGUCCCUAAGUAAGGCAAAACUUGCUUUUUGAAAAUGGAUUUCCCUGUGUAUGCAUCGUGUGCCUAAAAAUCUCUCUAUAUCCCACUAGCAUGAAAUGCCAAUUUUGUUUCUUCUGCACACUCUUGUCAUAGCAGUCCUAGAUGUACAAUUAUUCCUGCUGCAGAGAUACAAUUGGCUUCCCUCUAGACACACAACACUGAGAGUGGGGAUGCGUGUCUGGAUUAUUCUAGAGAUAAGCUAGAAUUCUGUUCGUGGUUGAGUAUAUAUUUUUUUUUUUUAAUUUGAAUAAUGGGUUAUUUACUAAAGUUAGAUUUGCUGGAAAUGCAAAGUAAAUUUCAAAUGUAAGGCCAAAGUAGCCAAACUGAAAACAGAAUGGACCUGGAGAUUUUUUUCUAAUUCAGACAUGUUGGCCUAAAUUUUGAAUUUAACUCUGAAUUCCCAGCAAUUCUCACUUCAGUGAAAAACCCUGCUGAUUUCUCCUAAGAGUAUUUAUUUAAUUAUUUAUAAAAUAUUUACCAGGGAAGAUACAUUGAGAUUUCUCUUGUUUUUAAGUAUGUCCUGGGUCGACAAAAUAUUGCAUUGAUACAAUAGGGUACAUUAAAAUACAAAAACAAUAUUAAUACACAAUACAUACAAAAUUUAACAUAGAACAGGUAGGAAAUAUACAUAAUCAACCAUGACAGGUGCAUUCUGUUUUGAGUAUGCAUGGGUUGAUUGCUUGCUGAUGUGCUUAGAGGAAUAUUGACUGUACCUCACAGACCAGACCUAUAUGAGGGUCACUGUGCUUUGUGUAAAGGUAAUUUUGCAUCUGAUUUGUUAAUCUAUAAGAUCCUGAUCUGCCAUUGCACAUGAAGAUCAGUGAGCAAAGCUAGCAUGUUUAGAGCAUACAGAGUCCUCUGUAAUUUAUGAGAUCACCUUAAGGGGCUGUGACUUGUUCAAGUCACUGCUGCUAUAAGUCAACCCACCAGGACAGCAUUUAGGCAGCCAAUAAUAAUUACUUCUAGACUACAUUACUUUCAUAUACAUUUUUACCAUAUAAUGUGUGCACAGCAGUGAAGACUCUCCCUGGCUUUAUUUAUUUUUUUAAAUUAUAUUUUAAAGGAACACUACAACUUUAGGAAUACAUUUAUUUGUAAUUUCAAAAUGUUCCUCUUUGUUAUAGAUUCAGGAUGCAUGGCAGUUGCAGGGUUGCACCAGCAGUGCUUCUUCUAGAGAAGUAUUGAAACCAGUGCUUCUUUGAGAAGCCCUCACAUCAAUGAUGAAACCUCCCAACUGUCUCCUUGACAGCUAGGGUUUUUACCCAAAGGGGUUUAUAUACUUUAGGAUUUCUCUUGAAUCUGCUCUUUUAUAAAAUAAGCAAACAUGCCCGUAACCCCUCCUGCACUUCAGCCAGCUGCUCUUAAGAAAUAGACUUUUAUUUUUUUGUCCUUUUUUUUGCAUUUCCCAUGACUUUACCCUUAAGCAACUGCCAGUAGGAGAUUUGGACUAGACGAUAAGGUAAUUGCUUGCUGACACAGGGCUUAAAACAGAUUCAAAGUCUUCUGACUUUGGAAGUGCAUCCAGUAUUUCUGUAUGAGAGCAAACCACGAAGUGGAACAAUUUUGUUGCUCUUAUCACUCCCUAUUUUGGUGAUGACACACCUUCCUCCAUAAUUUCUUAAACUGAAGCUAGUUGUGGGCUGCACAGCUCUUAGCAGGAGGGUGUCAUCAGAACAAGAAGCAUGAAACUCCUGCUAAUGUGGGAUCAUAUUUGAAUGUGUUGAUGUAUGCAAAGAUGGACACUGCAAAUUUGUAGAGCGACAUUGUUUUUUGUAGCAAAACUUGAGACAUUUGAUUUAAGAAAAAAUGUCAAACAUACUGUUACCUUGUGUAUGAGUUAAUCGAAUGUUCUACAUGCAUGGCUACAUCAUAAAAGGUGUGAAAUACGAUUAAUUUAUUCAGUUGUUUUUUGUUUGUUUUUUAGGCAAUAUUUAGAGGAAGAUUUUAUUCUUCGUGUGUUUGCUCAGCUUGCUUUAGCCCUGAAGGAUUGUCACAGAAGAACUGAUGGAGGUCACAUCGUUCUACACCGCGAUCUCAAACCUGCCAACAUAUUUCUUGAUGCCAAAAAGAAUGUGAAAGUUGGAGAUUUUGGCUUGGCCAGAAUAUUAAAUCAUGACACCAGCUUUGCAAAAACAUUUGUAGGAACUCCUUAUUACAUGUCCCCUGUAAGUACUCCAUGGCUAAGUUCUCUUUAGUCUGACCUGUAUAUUUGAAAAAGUGCUAAGUCAACCUUUCAAAUUUAAUGUAUACCUGGCUGUAUCAAAAAAUCCUCGAAUGUAUGGGAGUAUUCAACCUGCUUAGCUUCCUUAGUAGUGCUGUGCAUGAACACUCCUCCAUGCAUGUGGCUCAAUCAAAGUGUGCGGCCACACAUAUUGCUUUAAACCGCAAGGAUUUUGGGAUUUGCAUGAAACAUACACCUGUCAUUCAUACAGCUAUAGUUCAAAACCUUUUGUACAACUGAGCUUCUGGUGCAUUGGGGAAAUUAAAAGGCCCUAUUAAAGGGACUGGAACCCCACCCCACAAAACAUGAUUUUGGUUCAUACCCAUUGGGUAUUAUAUAUACCCAAUGGGUAUGAACCAAAAUCAUGUUUUGAUUUUUAUAUAUAAUUGAUUGGAACUCAUUAUACGUUUCCUGAAACCCUGCCAUAGAAGUUUACCCUGUCUUUUUGAUCUUCCCGGCCAAGUUUAUGCUCCUGUUUGUGUUGCUAAUUUGGAUACUUUAUUUCUUUAAUCAUCAUUAUUAUGCUGUCAGCAUAUUGGUAAAGGCAACAAGUAUGUAGCUGUAGAUAAAGUGCUUCCAGGUAAGGCAGUCAUCCAAAAACCUGUCACCUGGGGAUGAUGCAGCUGGGUGUACUACUACACUUUCCAGAACUCUAAGUUGCUGAGGGGACCGAUUUCUGGAUAAGUAUCUUUAUCUGUUCAUGCAAUUGGUUGGAACUUCUCAAAGGUCCAAUGUAUAGAUUAAAUCUUUGAUCCUUGUAAACGUGUAAUCCAUAGUUUUUAUGACAAAUUAAGCCUUUUCUUGUCAAUCAUUUCCCGUUGUCUAGGAUUCUGUGUCAUGUGUGAACAUCACUGCACUUAAAGGACCACUAUAGGCACCCAGACCACUUCAGCUUAAUGAAGUGGUAUGGUUGCCAGGUCCAGCUAGAAUUUACCCUUUCUGUUGUAAACAUAGCAGUUUUAGAGAAACUGCUAUGUUUACAAAUGGGUUAAUCCAGCCUCUAGUGGCUGCCUCAUUGACAGCCGUUAGAGGCGCUUCUCACUGUGAUUUUUCACAGUGAGAAGACGCCAGCGUCCAUAGGAAAGCAUUGAGAAUGCUUUCCUAUGAGACUGGCUGAAUGCGUGUGCGCAUUCAGCCGAUGACGGGAAAGAAGGAGGAGAGUCCCCAGCGCCGAGGGAGCCCGGCGCUUGAAAAAAGGUAAGGGAUUAACCCCUUCCUCCCCCCAGAGCCCGGCGGUAGGGGGACCCUGAGGGUGGGGGCACCCUCAGGGCACUAGAGUGCCAGGAAUAACAAGUAAAACAAGUUUUCCUGGCACUAUAGUGGUCCUUUAAGCAGGAUUGUUCCUAUUGUACUUUACACACAUUAUGUAAAUUGGCACUCCUAGAACUGUCUGAUGUUGUCUUUCACUCCAAUCUUGCAGGAGCAGAUGAAUAGAAUGUCCUAUAAUGAAAAGUCUGAUAUCUGGUCGUUGGGAUGUCUUCUGUAUGAGCUGUGUGCUCUCUCGUAAGUAAGAUCUAGGACUUAUACCUAAAGAUGGGAUCGGACACAAGUAUGGAUUGUAACUGUAGUUUUUGUUUUCAUGUUGAGGCCGCCAUUUACAGCUUACAAUCAGAGGGAUCUGGCAGAAAAGAUACGAGAAGGGAAAUUUCGACGGAUUCCUUAUCGCUAUUCAGAAGAACUGAAUAAAUUAAUUACAAAAAUGUUAAAUCUUAAGGUAGGACCCAUCCCUGCUUUUAUUGCCUUAUGUCUUGAAAACUUUCCUUUCCCACAUGAUAGUGUGUGUGUAUAUCAUUUCUUAAACAGUUGGGUUAGAUCCUUUGUUGUUACCUAGAGAAUAAUCCUAAAUUCAGGUGUUUCUGUAUUUUCCCCAAGAAAAAAUACAGACAGGGUUAUUUACAAAAGUGAGAACUGUCAUGAAUUUCAAAUUUAAAGUAGCUGAACUGGAAAAACUCUCCCUUUAGUGAAUCAACUUAAUAACCUAAUAUAUAAAUCUAUCUUUGUCACAAUUUCCAGUAGCCAUUGGCAAAUGAGAAUUUGGCCCUGGUGAGCAUACCAUAGCUUGCAAAGGCAAGUAACUUUUAAAGCUUGCAUUGUAGCCUAGGACUUUAAAUUAUAAGCCCUCAGAGAGAAAUAUUAAUUAAAGAAUAAAUUAAUGGAGUUAAUUAACAGUUAAUGGAGAACCGCAUGAUUUUUGUUAUUUUUUUCCAUCUUAGGACUUCCUGAGACCUUCAAUAGAAGACAUUUUGCAGCAUUCUCUAUUAACGGAGUGGGUAACAGAAGAACAGAAUAAAAUAUCUGAUAAAGGAGCCCGGAGAUCUGCAGAAGCAGAGCGCUCUGUUCAUCCAGACCCUGUCCACUCAGAACUUCGAUUAAAAGAGCAGCAAUUGCAAGCAAGAGAAAAGGCGUUGAAAGAGCGGGAAGAACUUCUAGAGCGUGAGUUAGGACCAUUAGUACUUUAAAGAAUAUAGGCAGGGCUAAUCUUUCCACAACUGACGAUUCAUUGUGACUUUCUUUCCCCUAGAGAGGGAGCGAGAGCUGUGUGUGCGUGAAAGACUUGCGGAGGACAAGCUGGCAAGGUAAUGUUCGUUUAUUGUUUCCAACCUACAUUACAUUAAAGGUGGGGGGAAUAAUGUCUUUGAAAUGGGUUUCCUGAACAAAUAUCCAAUUCAAGUGCCUGUGAGGAAAGUUCUAAUCUUUAUAACAAGCCUUUUAUAGGUGCAAUGCUAGCCAAUGAGACUGCUACACCCUGACACAAAGAUUUCCAACUAUUCAUUCAAUUCUAAUAACUACUGAGAUUUCUCUGUGUUUUUGUGUAUGGCAGUAUAGAACCUGGAUUUAAAAUUUUCACUUGCACACUAACAAAUGACAAGUGGAAAUUCAGUCCUGGUUUGUGUGCAAUGGAUGCUCCCCUCACUGCCUCUGAGGAUGCCUGCAAUGAACAGUUUAAAGCUCUGUAAACAUUUGCCAUUAUUCCUUACGAGCUGUGCAGAGUGUAUGUCAAAUUGCUGAUACAGCCCAUAUCCUUUAGUCUGGACGACGGUUACAAGAAGGAGCAGUACAAGAACAUGUCUCUAUUCUUCCCCUCAUCAUGUAGAUGAGGAGCUGACAAUGGAUUGGUCCCCCUACCUUUGCUUUGAUGUUUAAGUUAUGUCCUCUUGUCCGUUUUUCUUUUAGGGCAGAAAACCUGAUGAAGAAUUUCAAUGUGAUGAAAGAGCAGUGGUAUCCACCUGCUUUUGACAGUGGCAUAGGUAUGAGACCCAGAAGGAAGCCCCUGGAGCCGUUAAAUGACUGGAAUAAUUAUUAGUGUUAUUCUCAAAGAACAUUAUUUAUAGUCUUUAAAACUUGAUAUUUUAAAUAUUGCACUUUUACUUUUUCUGUUUUUAAAUAAAGUUUAUUUAAUUUUUUAUCUCACGGCUAGUUAAUAAAAAGUAUACAUCUAGAUGUAGGCUCCCCUUCUUCCAUAUUUUAUUUUGAAGUUGUUUUGUUUGAGAUGAAAUUCUUUUUUUAUUAUUAUUAUUAUUAUUAUUAUUAUUAUUAUUAUUAUUAUUAUUAUUACGACUUUCCUGGCAGUUCAGAUAGUUUAAGUGGACACCAGUGUUUCUACACUGACCUACUGUAUCAAUCAGGUUACACAGGAGGGGCACCUAAUUAUUUUCUUAAUUAAGCCAGCAGCUAAUUGCCAUGAUUUUAAAUAGUCCCUACAGGCAGAGAACACUGACUAUUUAGCAGUUCAUAUCAUAAUAAAGCAAAACAUAUAAGGCUUAAAAGAAUGGCACGCCUAAUCGGCUGCACAAAUGGUGCAGAUCUGCUUUGUGGGAGCAUGUUACAAAAUGGAAAGUAAGACUUUACAUGAAGACUUUUGCCAACAUACCGGAUUUGGAAAUAUUUUCACAUACUGUUAUACCCAUGUUUUGCUUUUAAUUUCUUACAGUUUUUGGUUUAGAAACCAAGCUUGACCAUACUCUAACUUAUUAAUAAUAAAAAAAAAGGGCCCUGUCUCUUUUUUACCAGUAUAGAGGCAAGUCAUGGUGAGCCCUGCCUCUCACCCCAUGUUACAUGCUUUGUAUUCUACAAUGCAGGUUGUACAUGUUACUGGCAGAUCUCCCUUAUCAGUUACUUGAAGCUGUGUUUGUAGUCUUUCUUUGAACACAGAGUUUGGUGCUGGAAGUGUAACAAUAGGUAUACUGUGUGUAAGUUUAAAUCUGUACACCUGCAAGCUAAUGUAUCCCACUGAUCAGUUUUAACAUGGUUACAAACCUUUUUAUUUAUUUGCUGGGGCAGAGCUACAUUUAUGCAGCUUUUCCAUGUUAAAGAUCACGUAUGCACAUUGAUUUGCUAAAUUGAGGAGUUUUGUAGCUGUUAGUACAAGUUAGAGAAAAUAUUCUAAGCGGGUUGGUUAUCAUCUCCAGCUUUAUAUAAAAGCUGUUUUUAAAUACAUUGUCUUCUGUAAAAAAACAAAACACUACUGUAUUAGAAGAUAUACUGUCCCUUUCUUCAAUAACACUGAAGAGUCAGUGGAAGAGUUGUUAAAACUCUCAUACCCUUCUCCUAUGUUGCAGAUGGAUAUCUGGAUUCCUCUUCAACUCGCAGUAAGAAGGUUCACUUUGGCACCCAAAGUAAAGAAAAUCGCAACAUGGACAAAUACGGUUUACCACAAGAGAAAUGUACAGAACUGAAGAAAAGACUGCAGGCAGCCAACAUGCGUGCAAAAGCUUUGAGUGAAAUGGAGAAAAAUUAUCAGCUGAAAAGCCGACAGAUAUUAGGAAUGCGCUAA